ACGCUGGCUACCGACCGAUCAUUCCACGCUCAGUGCUUCAGCAGCCAGGAUCACACCGUCCUAGUCUUCCCCAGUCUUCCCUCGCUUGAAAGGUUUGCCUGUGUGAACUAAGGUUUCCCGGUGCCUUCCACUCCCCAUCCCACCUCGCCCCACGUCACUCGAUCGUGUGUACAGCAACUCCAGCAAGUGUCCCGAGAAACAGCCGGAAGAGUGAACUGUGAUACCUUCGUGUAGUGAUAGCCACAAGUUUAAACACACAAACCAAUCAUCAAAAUGAAUCUAUUCACCGUGUUCUUCGCCCUCGUCCUGGCAGUGGCCACCGUCGCCGGCCAACGGUUCGGUUUCCCCCACACGUCCCAGUUCGGGCUCGCCUCGCUGACCGGUGACUUCGGUGGACCGAGCGCCUUCGGUGGACAGGAUUUGUCAGGUACUUUGAACGCUGGUAUCAGAGAUCCGCGACAGAACCGAGGACCCGUUGUGUUCCCGCCAGCGCCCGCCGAUGCUCCUGUUGAGUCGAGCGGAGUGAUUGUUGGUGCUUCCGGAUACGGUUUCGUGCCACCGAAUACGCCCCAGAAUUACUACUAAGUCGUCCUACGUCCUGCGAAGCAUCCGCAACCUUCCCCGUCCAACACUAUCCAUCCUACCACCUCGUUCCCUUAGUCAACCUUCAGCUUCCUUCCAACCAAUCCAAGCACCGUGCCCCAACAGACCUAUUCCACUUGCAAGCGGACCCUACUGGUGGCCACUGAUGGGGAAGGUAAAGGGAUCUAUGAAGUGAUCUCCCAAACCAAAACCCAAGUCGACCGGAAAACCCGUCAGCCGAUUGGGUCCACCAGGAUGCUUUAUAUACAUAUAUAUCUGUGUGUGUGUGUUUGCGAGUAGAUUUGGAUGUGACUAAUGCGAAAACAACUCCCUGUACAAAAACCCAAACCUGCUUCCAGCGUUCAAUCCUUCCGCCAAUGCACCGAUUGUCCAAUGUGUGUUCUCUUACCAUUUUCCAGAUGCGUUGUACCGAAAUUUGCGAUUCUACUAAGUCAGUGAGGGUUUUUGUAGUUUUGUGUGUGUGUGUGUGGUUUGCGCACCGAACGAUGCGAUGAACUGAUCGAUAUACUUCUGUUGUUAGCUGCACAUAGAAGAUUAUGUAUUCAAAAGUAUCUUUCUGCCUUAGACCGUUUAACGCUAGCAAGACGUACAUUAGGGUGUUUACAACUAUUCUUCAUGAGCAUAAAAACACAAAAAAACAUCGCAGACGGAGUUAGAGGAUCACAAAGAAACGCAAAAUGCGUCACACAUCAGGCAACAGGGUAGAGGGUCACCGCGCGAAGUACGCAAAUUAGUCCACCAGUCCAUCACUACACCGUCCGCGCACUGAUCAGGGAUAGCGUCUAGCACUGGUUGCUUUCGUUGGUUAGCUAUUAGUUUUAGAUCGCAUAGAAGAGUGCAUAGGAAUGAAUUUGAUGCCAUAUCAAAUUUGUUGUUCAAACAAAACCCGGAAAGUCCCCGUUGCGUAGCCGAAAAGGCUCAAAGUUUGUGUCCGUGGGAGUACUAUUCCGAUCAGUUUUUUCUACACUGUCUCUGCAGCUGGAAAAGCUCAGUAUUGGUAUCUUACUUCCCCGAUUCGAACGAUGAGGAGUGGAGCUGCGCAUCGGACAUUUUACGCUAGUGUUACAGUUAAUGCUUUGCGCGUUCAAAAUCAUUAUUAGCUACUGGUUCCUUCAUGAUCAUGAUCCUCCGAUACAGGAUAGCAACGCUAGGAGAUCAACCCUAACACAGGCAGUUAAAGCAUUCACCACCACACCCCACGGAGGAUUAAUAUCCACCGGACAGUAUUUAUUAGUAAAGGUUAGCGCAACACACCAACACCGCUGCCGGUGCUGCCACCAACAGCAACAGCCGCCCGAAGCCACACAACCGAUUCCCCCAAAAAUGUACAGAACCAACCCAACCCUCCACCACCAAACCAGUAUCAAACGGGUAAUCCUUCAACAGAAACCACUCCCACACGCGGAAACGAACAAACCAACACACCCCGGUCCGUUGAACAUAUUGUACAAAGAGCAAACACGAGCAAGCACGUCUAACGCACGCGGCGCCAGUUACUUAGCAACAGACCAACACAGCGGUAACCUGUAUAGCCCUCCUAAAAUACUAUCCUUCAUCCCUCCCCCCUUCCCCUCCUUUUUGUACAAAAUGCAAUCCUUUAAGUGUGUCUGCUAGGCUAAAUGAAUGUGUGUGUGUGUGUGUUGAGCGAAUGUGUGUGAGAGCGAGCAUUAGAAUGUCCGCGAAACAGGUGCGUCCGAGCGCCGGUGUGAGCGAGUGGGAUUGAAGUUUCCGUAACACCUGAUGGUUUCCCCCAUUUUCUGUACGAUACUAUACACAUAGCAAUUAAUUGGUAACUUAAUAAAUUAUUGUAUAAAUGA